AUGAGAGCCCCAACGAGCCUCCAGCAUCACGCCUUACGCCGCCUGUCGCUUUUACCGGGUCGGACCAAUCACGCCGUCAGCGCCUGCGUAGCACGGCGCACGCUUCUGACUGGUGCUGCAGCGACUGGCUCUGCUGCGGCCACUCGCCUCACCACAAGAAUGGGUCUGGGUGGUGGUGCUGCCCCGCCCCCUCCAUCUGCUGGUGGUGGUGCUACUACCAAGUUCUCUGCAGCUUCUUCUCACUUCUCCCCCUCCUCCUCCUCCCCUCUUUCCUCCUCCCAAUCGCCGCUGCAGCGAACCGCUCAAAUCGCAAACCAUCUACAGAGCCCUGCGCAGCGCAGAAGCAGCAGCAGCACGCAUCGCGCCCUGUCCACCAUGGCGUCCUCUUCCGCUUAUUCGGUGCGCAAGAUUGCCGCCGCCAACACCCUGGAGCACCGAGUCUACAUUGAGAAGGAUGGCGUCCCCGUCUCCCCCUUCCACGACAUCCCCCUCUACGCCAACCAGGAGCAGACCAUUCUCAACAUGAUUGUUGAGAUUCCUCGCUGGACCAAUGGCAAGCUCGAGAUCUCCAAGGAGGAGCUUCUCAACCCCAUCAAGCAGGAUGUCAAGAAGGGCAAGCUUCGCUUCGUCCGCAACUGCUUCCCCCACAAGGGCUACCUCUGGAACUACGGUGCAUUCCCCCAGACCUGGGAGGACCCCAACUCUAUCCACCCCGAGACCAAGGCCAAGGGUGACAACGACCCUCUCGACGUCUGCGAGAUUGGCGAGCUUGUCGGCUACCCUGGCCAGGUCAAGCAGGUCAAGGUCCUCGGUGUCAUGGCCCUUCUGGACGAGGAGGAGACUGACUGGAAGGUCAUUGUCAUUGACGUCAAUGACCCUCUUGCUCCCAAGCUCAACGACGUUGAGGAUGUCGAGCGCCACCUCCCUGGCCUUCUCCGCGCCACCAAUGAGUGGUUCCGCAUCUACAAGAUUCCUGACGGCAAGCCCGAGAACCAGUUCGCCUUCUCUGGCGAGUGCAAGAACAAGGCUUAUGCCCUCGACGUCAUCCGCGAGUGCGGUGAGGCCUGGGAGCGCCUGAUUACUGGCAAGACCCCCGCUGGCGACGUCUCCACUGCCAACGUCACCGUUUCUCACUCUCCUGCUCGCAUCGCUCCCGACCAGCUCCCUCCUCUGCCCGCCCAUCAGGAGAUUCCUCCUGAGAAGAUUGACAGCUCCAUUGACAAGUGGUUCUUUAUCAGCGGCGCCUCUGCUUAA